GAGGGUGUUUGUUUUAUUUGGACAGAAGGUGUUUUAUUGGGGGAGGGUGUUUGUUUUAUUUGGGCAGAAGGUGUUCUAUUCGGGGAGGGUGUUUGUUUUAUUUGGACAGAAGGUGUUCUAUUGGGGGGUGAUGUUUGUUUUAUUUGGACAGAAGGUGUUCUAUUGGGGGGUGGUGUUUGUUUUAUUUGGACAGAAGGUGUUCUAUAGGAGGCAGUGUGUUUGUUUUAUUUGGACAGAAGGUGUUUUAUUGGGGGAGGGUGUUUGUUUUAUUUGGGCAGAAGGUGUUCUAUUCGGGGAGGGUGUUUGUUUUAUUUGGACAGAAGGUGUUCUAUUGGGGGGUGAUGUUUGUUUUAUUUGGACAGAAGGUGUUCUAUUGGGGGGUGGUGUUUGUUUUAUUUGGACAGAAGGUGUUCUAUAGGAGGCAGUGUGUUUGUUUUAUUUGGACAGAAGGUGUUCUAUUGGGGGAGGGUGUUUGUUUUAUUUGGACGGAAGGUGUUUUAUUGGGGGGAGGGUGUUUGUUUUAUUUGGACGGAAGGUGUUCUAUUGGGGGAGGGUGUUUGUUUUAUUUGGACGGAAGAUGUUCUAUUGGGGGAGGGUGUUUGUUUUAUUUGGACAGAAGGUGUUCUAUUGGGGAAGGGUGUUUGUUUUAUUUGGACGGAAGGUGUUCUAUUGGGGGAGGGUGUUUGUUUUAUUUGGACAGAAGAUGUUCUCUUGGGGGAGGGUGUUUGUUUUAUUUGGACUUAAGGUGUUCUAUUGGGGGAGGGUGUUUGUUUUAUUUGGACAGAAGGUGUUCUAUUGGGGGGAGGGUGUUUGUUUUAUUUGGACGGAAGGUGUUCUAUUGGGGGAGUGUGUUUGUUUUAUUUGGACAGAAGGUGUUCUAUUGGGGAAUGGUGUUUGUUUUAUUUGGACAGAAGGUGUUCUAUUGGGGGAGGGUGUUUGUUUUAUUUGGGCAGAAGGUGUUCUAUUCGGGGAGGGUGUUUGUUUUAUUUGGACAGAAGGUGUUCUAUAGGAGGCUGUGUGUUUGUUUUAUUUGGACAGAAGGUGUUCUAUUGGGGGAGGGUGUUUGUUUUAUUUGGACGGAAGAUGUUCUAUUGGGGGAGGGUGUUUGUUUUAUUUGGACAGAAGGUGUUCUAUUGGGGAAGGGUGUUUGUUUUAUUUGGACGGAAGGUGUUCUAUUGGGGGAGGGUGUUUGUUUUAUUUGGACAGAAGAUGUUCUCUUGGGGGAGGGUGUUUGUUUUAUUUGGACUUAAGGUGUUCUAUUGGGGGAGGGUGUUUGUUUUAUUUGGACAGAAGGUGUUCUAUUGGGGGGAGGGUGUUUGUUUUAUUUGGACGGAAGGUGUUCUAUUGGGGGAGUGUGUUUGUUUUAUUUGGACAGAAGGUGUUCUAUUGGGGAAUGGUGUUUGUUUUAUUUGGACAGAAGGUGUUCUAUUUGGGGAGGGUGUUUGUUUUAUUUGGACAGAAGGUGUUCUAUUGGGGGGAGGGAGUUUGUUUUAUUUGGGCAGAAGGUGUUCUAUUGGGGGAGUGUCUUUAUUUUAUUUGGACAGAAGGUGUUCUA